AUGGAGCAGCCUCAGGUCAAGAUGAUCGGUGGCCGCGAGUACGCUGCCACGGGCUCCAAGUUUGGACCCUCUUACCUGCCCGUCGACGUUAUGGCCCGCAUGAAUGCCUCGCCGCACCAGGGUCUCGCCAUGUCCGCCGUCGUCCACGACAAACGAUCUUUGGACUCAGAGGCACCCGCCAGAGAGCCCCUCCCCGGCGUUGACACUGACAAGCACUUGACCAUGCCUAGCCCUAAGCGUGGCCCCGUCGCGUCAACCUUCCGCCCGCUGCCCAAGAUCUCCAAGGCAAACGGCCAAGGAUCUGUCCACUCUCUUUCUUUGCCCGUUAGCAUUGCCAACAGCCCCGCGGAGGCAGCCAUGGCCCACCUUAUCAACACUCUUGUCGAUAGCGCCAAAGCCACCUUUGAGGAUCUGCUCGCCAACAUGGCCGGCUCGGCUUCUAACACGGUCAACUCGGGCUCCGACUCUGGUGCUGCUGACAACGACAACGGCAACGACAAGGGCAACGGCGACGGCAGCGGUGAUGGCGCAGCCUCUUCUUCCACCACUACCACCGCAGCCAACACUACCUCCGCCACCGGCUCCAACAUCGGCACUCCCCGCCGUCGUCGCGCUGCCGGCGGUGGCUCCGGCGGUUCAGGCCGCAAGCCCGGCGGCACUCCCCGCAAGAAGCCCGCCUCCCGUGCUGACGUCAUUGAGAAGCGCGGCUCUUGCGAGCGCUGCAAGAAGUCCAAGGCCAAGUGUGAGCCCAUCCCCGAGUGCAUCCGUUGCGCCAAGGACGGAGUCGAAUGCUCGCUCAAGGAGACGAUGAUGCAGGAGACUGGUCGUCGUCUGGGUGCUUGCCAGCGCUGCAAGAAGAACAAGGUCGGCUGCAAGAAGAUCGAGAGCUGCGGUCGUUGCCACAAGGCCGAGCAGCCUUGCUCUUGGGCUGUUAAGGCUUAG